AUGAGCAGCGCGGAGCCGCCGCUCGGGGCCGGGCCGCGGGCGCAGCCCGCCUGGAAGCGGGAGAUCCUGGAGCGGAAGCGGGCCAAGCUGGCCGGCUUGGCCGGCGGCGGCGAGCCGGAGCCCCCGGCUGGGGAGCGGCUGGUGGUGGCGGAGAGCCUGGGCCCGCUCCGCGAGAACCCGUUCAUGCGGCUGGAGAGCGAGCGGCGGCGGCUGCGGCAGGGGCUACCCGGACACGGCGGCGGGGCGGCGCGGCCGCUGCAGCAGCUGCUGGAGCUGUACAGCGCCGUGCCCGGCAUCCGCACCAUCCGCGCCGACAACAUCCUCAUCAUCGAGUCCCAGCCGGACGCUGCCGCCUGCUUCGCCGAUGGGGACGCGCUGCCCGGCCGCCGCAAGGACCGGGACCCGGCCGCCUCCUCGCCGCCGCGGCGGCCCGACCCCCUGCAGCAGCUGCUGGCCCGCCGGGGCGCUGCCCUCGCCGAGAUCUGCGCUGACCAGGUCGUCAUCUACGAGACGGCCGAGCCGCCCGAGGCGGCCGAGCCGGGCACUGUCAGCCGCCUCCUGGAGAAGUUCGGCCAGCGGCCGCGGGGCCGCCGACGCCGUGUCGGGGAGGCGCUGACCGGGCCCGGGCCCGGCGCCGCUCCAGGCGGGGUGGUUGCGCCUCCUCCGCAGGUGGGACCCGGUUCUCCCCGAGCCUCGGCCCCGAAGGCAAGACCGGGAUCUCCGCAUCCGCUGCCGGCUUCCCCCCGGGCUGCCACACCCCCGGCAGUGCCGGCCACCCCCCAGCCCGCUGCCCCGCAGGCGGCUCCUCCGCGGGCUGUCACCCCAAAACCUUCGGCCCCUGCUCCUCCCCGGGCUGUCACCCCCCAGCCCUCGGCCCCUGCUCCUCCCCGGGCUGUCAUCCCCCAGCCCUCGGCCCCUGCUCCUCCCCGGGCUGUCACCCCCCAGCCCUCGGCCCCUGCUCCUCCCCGGGCUGUCACCCCCCAGCCCUCGGCCCCUGCUCCUCCCCGGGCUGUCACCCCCCAGCCCGCGGCCCCUGCUUCUCCCCGGGCUGCAGUCACCCCGCAGCCCCCUGUCCCAGCAGCUCCUCGGGCUGCAGUCCCCCCGGUGGUCCCAGCCACCCCGAAGGCCGCAGCCCCCCAGGCCAACUGCUUUCUCCACAAGAUCGGCUCCAACUCCUUCACUGUCACUCCCCGGGGGCUGCCCCCUGGCAGCCGCAUUCCCGAGCCCGGUGCUGUCCCUGCCGGCCGGCCCACGCUGCCCAAGGGGCCACCAGUGCCAUCCACCAGCACUCCCCAUGCCAGAGCCAACGCCAGGAGGCCAAAGCCAGAGGAGGCAGAAGCGGCCGUGUCACCCUCGCCCAGUGCCAGCCUGGCCCCCAGUGCCACCAGCGCCACCCAGCCGCUCUCUGCCUCUGCACCCCGGGCCGGGGGCUCCUUCGAAAUCCACCCGGCCCCCAAGCCCGACCUGGCUGCCAUCCCAGCCCACGACCUGCAGGCCCAGGCCCUGGCCAAGCUGCGGCUGAAUUCACGCAAUACCUUCCUCUUCGUGCCCCGCCGGGAGGGCCGCUCGGCUCUGCCCACAGCCCAGAGCGCCAGGCCACGACCACCGCCACCGUCCGCGGAGGAGAAGGCAACGCAGGAGCCCCUGAGGGCUUCCGCCCCGCAGCAGGAGGAGCCUGUCGCUUCCUCACCGGCGCCUCUGGAUCCCUUGGUGCCAGUGACUUAUAUCGAUGACAUUGUGGAGCUGGACGGUGGGGAGCUUUCUCCGAGGGCCAGCACUGCUGCGAGGACAGGGAGCUUGACAGAGCAGCCUGGAACAGCUGGCCCUGACCUGGAGAUGGAGUUUUCCUCCGUGCCCCUCUACAGACCACACUCUGCCCCCCGCCAGAGGGGAGGCAGCACCUUCACUAUCGUGCCCAAAAGGAAGCCCCUUGCCUCGGGGCUGCAGGCUCUCACUGAUGCCAGCGGAAGGCUGCAGCAGGAGGAAGAGGAGGAGGAGGAGGAGAGCAAAGUAAAAGGCAAAGCUGUGGAGAGUGCUGAUGGUCCUCAAGCAGGGGUGUCCCAUAAAAAGCGCUACCCCACGGUGAAUGAGAUCGAAGUGAUUGGGGGGUACCUGUCCCUGGAGAGGUCCUGCAUAAGCAAGAGAGGCUCACGCCGCAAGAAGAUGAAGAUCUCUUUCAAUGAGACAAGCUUGCAGACUAUGUUUGAGUACCCAUCAGAGAGCUCACUGGCAGAAGAGGAUGAGGAGGAAGAGGAAGGACACGUUUCUGAAGCAGAGGAGGACAAGUCUUGCACCUUUCACAUUCCACACUCAAACAGCACUUUGCAUCCCAGCACACCUAACUCAGCAGAUUUAUCCAGCUACACCCCAAAGCACUCCGUGAAGUUCAGCGAGUGGCAGGAGCAGAAGUAUGAGGAGAUGCCUGCUGCAGAGGGUCCCCUCCUGAAGGAAGUUGAUGCCCGUGGGAACCAAGUGAUGCUCACCCCAGCGGAGAAGGGCAGCCUCUCGGAUUUCAGCAGCGAGCCUGCUCUCUACUUUUGA